AAAUGAUUGAUGUUCAAGCGCCGUAUGUGCAUUAUAUGUCUUUGUGUGGGUGUGUAAUAUAUAUGAGUGUAAAAGUAUUAAUUUUACUAUCCCUUAACAAAGAUGUCCUACUUGAGCCUGUUGAAUAUAAAUGUGUAUUUUCAAUUAACUUUUUGUUGCUGCAGCAUAUUGACUGAUAAUAUCACAGUCUUCAUAUACCCUUGAGUAUAAGUUCGCUCUUCGUCUGCUUGUGCAUCUGCUUGUACAAAAAGAUUAGUCAGUGGCGUCUCUUAAAAUUCAAACAUAUUUCUAGAUGGAUUAUUCUGUUAAAAAGAGCAUAUGACUAAGAUCUGACCUAAACCUGCAUCACAAGCACCAGGCAACAGCCAUUCUGUUGCAAUAGGCUUUGAUGACAAGCCAUCACAUUCAGUAAAAGUAAUGAGCAACAACAGUGACCUGCUGGGGAGCUGGUGAUCAGCAGGUAAUUAGUAUUAUCUUCACCACUCCUAAGAAACUAUUGAUUACCAGAAUUAGUUUUUUCUUCUUUUCUUUUUUUUUUUUUUUUUUUAAGAAGUAUGGUAGUCACUAUGGUAAUUCAUUAUCCUGAAUUACAAACUGAUUUUUGCAGAAGUUUUUGUUUCCAGGGAUAAACUGAUGUGAGUGACUGUUGAACAGAAAAGUCUAUAUCUUGCAGAUGUAUGAAUCACAUAGAGUAGCCUUGGCUGUUUUUGAGAGAAAGUACACAUAGCUGCAAUCUGAGCCUUAUCCAAAAUUCCCUCAGCUCAAGAAGUCCUUUCAUUCACAUCAGGCUUAGUAAUUCUUUUAUUUGGGGCAGAUCACUAUUUUCAGUGAUGAAAAGGUAGUUCAGUCCUAAAGCCUGUUCUUCACUACGCUUCUUUACUAGCACUCAACAAAUGUGCUUACUAUUGUGAUGACAUUGUAGAGAUGUGGGAAGCUGCCUGCUAACAACAAAAGUAACACCACUAAUUUUUUUUGAAGUGGAAGACAAGGCAGCCAGCAGAGGUUAACUUACAACUGCUGAUGGAGUUAUUUAGAUGCCAUUAACUAUCCCAUUAGGCUAGUCCCAUGAUGAUGCAUGUGAAUUUUUAAGACACUUUUCUUUCUACAGCUCAUUUUCAACAGUUACUUUAAACUUGUUUUAGACUUUGUGUUUGGUAAGCAUUAGCUCUGAGAUAUUUUUUGUCUUUUUUUGUGUGUGCAUGUGUGUGCAAGAGCAUGUGUGUCUGAGGAGAGGAGAGCUAUGGGAUUUCCCAUGUUUGAGAGAAAAGAGAACAGCAGACUCUAUUUGUAUAGUGCCCAGUAACAGAUGCAUGGGAAUGUACAAUAGGUAUAAUCAUGUUUUUAAGUAAACACCAUAUUUUGAAUGCAUAAUUUAGGAAGGAAAACCUUUUUUUUUUGUUUUGUUUUGCAGAUAUACAGAUCAGCUCUCAAAAUGUCUUCUGUGUCUUCCGUGCAUCUUCUAAGACAAUUGCAUUAGCCCGCCUGCUAGUUGACUAAUAGAAUUAAUAAUUGUAAAAAGCACUCUAAAGCCACAUGCCUUAUGAAGUCAAUGCUGGAUAUGGUCCGGAAAAAGAAUCCCCCUCUAAGAAACGUUGCUAGUGAAGGUGAGGUACAGACCCUUGAGUCUACAGGUACUGAAAGUGAAGAGUCUGGAAGGAAAAAAGAAUUUUCUGCAGAGCAGAUGCAAGAAAACACUGACCAGGGUGAUGCGGCAGAGUUAAGUAACAAGGAGGAACUUUGCAUGCAUAUCCAAGAGCCAUCUUCCAGUGUUAAAAAGGACUUGAAAAGCUCAGUGCUGAGUGAAAAGGCUGGCUUCAAUUAUGAAAGCCACAAUAAGGGAGGAAAUGUUCCAUCCUUCCCUCAUGAUGAGGUGACAGACAGAAAUAUGCUGGCUUUCUCAUCUCCAGCUGUUGGGGGAAUCUGUGAGCCCUUGAAGUCUCCUCAAAAAUCAGAUGCAGAUGACACCCAAGAUGUGGUCUGUACCCCGUCAGGAGAUGCAGCGGAGACAAAUGAGGAGCAUCAGAUGUCGCCAAAAGCUUCAGAUGAAACAGUGCAAGUGCAAAGUGGUCAAACUGAUGGCCAAGGCUCAAGCCCGGUCCCCAUGGCCUCAAAAAACCCACAAGUGCCUUCAGAUGGGGGUUUAAGGCUGAACAAAUCAAAAGCAGAUUUGUUGGUAAAUGAUAACCCAGAUACAGCGCCUCUGUCUCCAGAGCUUCAGGACUUCAAAUGCAACAUCUGUGGGUACGGUUACUACGGGAACGACCCCACAGAUCUCAUCAAACACUUCCGCAAGUACCACCUAGGACUGCACAACCGCACCAGGCAGGAUGCUGAGCUCGACACUAAAAUUUUGGCUCUCCACAACAUGGUGCAAUUCAGCCACUCCAAAGACUUCCAGAAAGUCAACCGCACUGUGCUUUCGGGGGUACUGCAGGACAUCAAUUCCCAGAGGCCUGUCUUACUAAACGGGACUUACGAUGUGCAGGUUACUUUAGGUGGAACCUUUAUUGGAAUUGGGCGGAAAACUCCAGAUUGCCAAGGCAACACCAAGUACUUCCGCUGCAAAUUCUGCAAUUUCACCUACAUGGGCAACUCCUCCACUGAACUAGAGCAACACUUCUUACAGACUCACCCAAACAAAAUGAAAGCAGCCCUUCCCUCCUCUGAUACUGGUAAAACUUCAGAGAAAAACUCCAAUAAAUCCAGUCCUACUCUUCGACCAUGUGAUUCUGGAGACUUGGGGAAGUGGCAAGACAGAAUCACUGUAAAAGCAGGAGAUGAUACGCCAGUUGGAUAUUCGGUGCCCAUCAAGCCAAUAGAUUCCUCUAGACAAAAUGGUACCGAUACAACCAGUUACUACUGGUGUAAAUUUUGCAGUUUCAGCUGUGAAUCGUCCAGCUCUUUGAAACUAUUAGAACAUUACAGCAAACAGCAUGGGGGAAGCCAGGCAGGGAGCCUUCACCCAGAUCUGAAUGAUAAGCUUUCUAGGGGAUCUGUCAUUAACCAGAAUGAUCUAGCCAAAAAUGCAGAUGGGGAGUUAGUGACAAAGACAGAAAAGGGUGCGAGUGUGGCAAAAAAGAAAGACUUGAGUGGCAAAGGAGCAGAGGACAGCAUGGUGACAAGCUACAACUGUCAGUUUUGUGACUUUAGGUACUCAAAGAGCCAUGGCCCAGAUGUAAUAGUGGUGGGCCCACUUCUCCGUCACUAUCAGCAGCUACACAACAUUCAUAAAUGUACCAUUAAGCACUGUCAGUUCUGUCCCCGAGGCCUCUGCAGCCCAGAAAAGCACCUUGGAGAAAUUACUUAUCCAUUUGCUUGCAGAAAAAGUAAUUGUUCCCACUGUGCUCUCUUGCUUUUGCACCUGUCUCCAGGGGUGACAGGAAGCUCUAGAGUCAAACACCAGUGCCAUCAGUGCUCAUUCUCCACUCCCGACGUGGACGUUCUCCUGCUCCACUAUGAGAAUGCACACGAGGGCCAAGCAUCUGAUGUCAAACCAGAAACAAACGCCCUGCCAGGGGCAGAGGGGCCGCUGACGCUCAAGGAGAACAAAGAACACUCAUGUACCAAAUGUGACUUUACCACCCAGGUGGAAGAAGAGAUUUCCCGACACUACAGGCGAGUACACAACUGCUACAAAUGCCGUCAGUGCAGCUUCACAGCUGUUGACACUCAGUCACUACUAGAGCACUUCAACACUGUGCACUGUCAGGAGAUGGACAUCACUACAGCCAAUGGGGAGGACAGUCAUGGCGUUUCAUCUAUCAAGGAAGAGCCAAAAAUUGACCUGAAGGUCUACAGUCUGAUUAAUCCAGACCCCAAAAUAGGGGAGCCCAUAUCUGACAGCAUAGUGAAGAGAGAAAAGAUAGAAGAUAAGGAAGUGCUCAAGGAGAAAGGCUGGACUGACAGUCCCAGUGAUGAUCUUCGCAAUGUAACCUGGAGAGGAACAGACAUUCUGAGGGGGAGCCCGUCAUACACACAGACCAGUCUAGGCUUACUGACCCCCGUGUCUGUCGGCCAAGAGCAGCCAAAGCCUUUAAGGGAUAGUCCAAAUGUAGAAGCUGCCCAUCUCGCAAGGCCCAUUUAUGGCUUGGCAGUGGAGAGCAAGGGUUUCCUGCAGGGUGUCCCAGCCGCAGCAGCAGAGAAAGCCGGGCAGCUCACCCAGCCCUACUCUGGAUCCGGGGAUGGCAAGACAAAAGAUGAAUCCCAGUCCUUAUUACGGAGACGUAGAGGCUCGGGUGUUUUCUGUGCCAAUUGCCUGACCACAAAGACCUCUCUCUGGAGAAAGAAUGCCAAUGGUGGAUAUGUAUGCAACGCGUGUGGCCUCUACCAGAAGCUUCACUCGACUCCCAGGCCUUUAAACAUCAUUAAACAGAACAAUGGUGAACAGAUCAUUAGGAGACGAACAAGAAAGCGCCUUAACCCGGAGGCACUUCAGGCUGAGCAGCUAAACAAACAGCAGAGGGGUAGCAGUGAGGAACAAGUCAAUGGAAGCCCCUUAGAGAGGAGGUCAGAGGAUCAUUUACCUGAAGGUCAUCAGAGAGAAAUUCAGCUUCCCAGCCUCAGUAAAUACGAGGCCCCAGGUUCAUUGACUAAAAGCCAUUCUGCUCAGCAGCCAAUAUUGGUCAGCCAAACUCUGGAUAUUCACAAAAGGAUGCAACCUUUGCACAUUCAGAUAAAAAGUCCUCAGGAAAGUUCUGGAGACCCAGGAAACAGUUCAUCGAUAUCAGAAGGGAAAGGAAGCUCAGAGAGAGGCAGCCCAAUAGAAAAAUACAUGAGACCUGUGAAACACCCAAACUAUUCUCCACCUGGAAGCCCUAUUGAAAAAUACCAGUACCCACUUUUUGGACUUCCGUUUGUACACAAUGACUUUCAGAGUGAAGCUGACUGGCUGAGAUUCUGGAGUAAAUAUAAGCUGUCUGUUCCUGGGAAUCCGCCCUACUUGAGUCAUGUGCCUGGCCUACCAAAUCCUUGCCAAAACUAUGUGCCUUAUCCCACCUUUAAUCUGCCUCCUCAUUUUUCAGCUGUCGGAUCAGACAAUGACAUUCCUCUAGAUUUGGCGAUAAAGCAUUCCAGACCUGGGCCAACUGCAAACGGUGCCUCCAAGGAAAAGAGUAAGGCACCACCAAAUGUAAAAAAUGAAGGUCCCUUGAAUGUAGUAAAAACAGAGAAAGUUGAUAGAAGUACUCAAGAUGAACUUUCUACCAAGUGUGUGCACUGUGGCAUUGUCUUUCUGGAUGAAGUGAUGUAUGCAUUGCAUAUGAGUUGCCAUGGUGACAGUGGACCUUUCCAGUGCAGCAUAUGCCAGCAUCUUUGCACGGACAAGUAUGACUUCACAACUCACAUCCAGAGGGGCCUACACAGGAACAAUGCACAAGCUGAAAAGAAUGGAAAACCUAAAGAGUAAACCUUAGCACUUAGCACAAUUAAACAGAAAUAGGUUUCCUUGAUGGGAAUUCAAUAGCUUGUAAUGUCUUGUGAAGACCUAUAAAGCACUUCAUAUAGAGAGCAUGCCUUAUCCAAUAUUAAAUCCCUUGUUAUUUUCUUUUUCUUUUCUUCUUUAUUUUUUCCUUUUUUUUUUUCUUUUUUUUUUUUUUUCCUUUUAAAUGAGUGGGUUACCAAGAAAAAAGAACAGUUGGAUGGUGGCCAGAAGGGGAGGAAGAUAAUUCAGUGGGACAUGGCCCACCAAAGCUAGCCAGAAUGCAGUGAAUCAUGCCGAAUAACCUUGAGAAAACUUUACUGGACAAUUAAUACCUUUGCUGUUGUGUAAGAGACAUAACUGGCAAGAGUGCAAAGAUGUGUAUAUGUAUAUACUGCUGCAGGGGUAUAGUGAACAUAUGCACAUUGUAUAUAAGAAUUAGACAGGUUAAAUAUACAGAUGUUAAAAGGUCAUUUUCUUUUCUUUAAUUUGGGCAAAUAUCUGCCCUAUAACAUGCCUUAGGAUCACAUUGUCCUCAGAGCUUUGGCAGCAGUAUCAUCUAUGUGUUUCUCAGACUCAGCUGAUUUUUAGCUACCAUUUUAUCACUACAUUCUUUCUGGCACGCUUUAGUCUAGGAAAACCAUUUUGUGCAAGUGAAUUCUCUAAUACAGAAGCCACACUCCAGGUUUAAUUUGCGUAGAAUAAGGUAACCUGCUGUAUUUUAUUUUAAUAUAUUUUUAAUAUAUUACAUUUUUAAACCUUAAAGGUUACUUCUCCACAGGCUUAACAUUGCUAUACAUACCAGUCAAUCCCUUCAGUAGACUUAUACCAGCUUUUGCUAAGUAGCAUUAAAUGUCUUCAUAGUACUUUUUAAUACUUAAAGCUUUUUAAAAACUAUCCAUGAAGGGAAAGCUCCUCAGCAUAACUGCUCAGGGAAAUAGGGCUAAAUAACUAAAUAUUGAAUAAUUGGUUAAAGGUGCUGUUAGACGAGCCUCCAUGCUUGCUACAAGGGUGUACAAGAACUGACUUUAAUCAUUUUCAUUAUAGUGUCCCAACCAGUAGUUUAUUAUUUUGCCACAGGGAUGUAGAAGAUAUUACAAGCUACUGGAUGCACUGUCAGAUUAACUUAUUUCAUUAAAGAAGUUGGGAGAACAAAUAGAAAAAAACCUUAUUUUUCUAGUAAAUAUUAAUGUAUUACAUUUCAAAUAAUGGUGCCUGACAUAUUGAAUAAUUAUUUUCUACAGUGUACGUAUGCAACAAAGAUAUUCCAUCAUGCAUUAGAGUCAGUUCUGGCUCUGCCUCGCUGUUUACAUUUGCAAAUGUAGCAAACAAGGUAAUGAAGCAACUAUUUCUAUUGCAGUAGGUAUCUUUUUUUCUGUGUGUGUGCAUUAAAGUUGUAAACGAUAACAUGAAAUGAAUGAAAUUUGUUGAUAUUAAUGGUAUGAAAAACAAGAAGGAAAUGAAAAUAUUUUUAUGCCUACUUAGGAAAAAAGGGUAGCACUAUUCAUUCCAAGUACUUUUGUAUUCUUAAGCUCUUAACUCACAUUGUUAUGCUUAAAAUGAUAAACAUAUAUCCUCUUUUUAUUGCUUUGUCUGUGUUUCAGAAGAAACAUUUCAGAAAUUAUUUUGAUAAGUGCUGUUUGACGAUGCAGCACUGAUAUUUUAUUGCAUUCUGUAGUAGCAUUGCACUCCAUUUUUACAAUAUUACGCAGUUGCUUUUUUGUUUUGUUUGGGUUUGUUUCUUUUUCGCAGUGCAGGGUCUUAGUUCCUUAUGGUUGGAUGGCAGGUGUAGCUCAAUUGGUUCAUGAAUGUUGCAGCGAAUGAAGUUUAAAAUGUCUUUCUGAUAUUAUGUUGUCUUUUAUUUCUCCAUUCAUGCAUUUUAUUUUUUAAAAUGUUCUAUAAAAAUAUCUCUGGACUCAAAGUCCUCUCUUGAGAUUAUAUGUAAAGGGUCCUAUUCUGAUCUCACUUACAUGCCGCCUUUCUCAGAUUUUCAUGUAAUUGAACUAAAGCAUCAUAAAAAAAAAAAAAAGUUCUUGUAUUUAACUUACCUGAGUCUCACCACUCUCCCUUCUAGUAUUUGGUGCACUUAUAAGAUACUUAACCAGAUAAACAGGGAGGUGGAAAAUAAAAGGAGAGGUGAUAGGAAAUGUCUUAUAGGGGUUGGCAAAAGGAAAACCAGGAGGGAACUGGCCUAAACAUUCAGCACUUUGAUAGUCGUUUGAGAAAUAGUGUGCCUAAAGCAACUGGCAACAAACAUCACCCAGCAUGAGAGGCACUUACACAGCAGAUCACCAAAGGUCUCACUGACCUUGGCAGUAUUUAGGUGUUAUAUUUUCACAGAGGUGAAACAUUAUUGCACAGUUUCUCUGAUUUGUUAGGCACACAGGCUGUUGUUCAGCAUUAGGCUGCAUUCCUUCCAGCUCCACCCAUCGCUUCUUUACUGGUGAGCAGCAUAUGGAACGUCCCGCUCAAUCUGCUGUGGUUGAGUUCUGUAACCCUUCAGUAGUGUUCUAGGUUAGCAAAGGAUGUUGGGCCACAUUCUUCUUCUAUUUUUUAGAUGAAUCUCCAGCUUGAUACCAGUGACAAAGUCUGGUUAUGUUUGUACUAUUGUUCUCCAAUAAUAAGUUCUGACUUGGUUUUUGUGGAUUUAUUUUUGUUGGGUAUUUUCAGUUUCUUUUUUUUUUUUUUCUGUGGGGACUGAAAUAGAUUGCCCUCGUUUCGUUACGUCAGGGUCCAGUGUGUGUCCUUUUCAGCUUUUCCAAGGAAGAUGUUAUAUUCAGUAAGCAGUGGUUUUUAUCGGCUUCAAAGGUAGCUGCCUGCCAAUUUUCAGUAGUUACUGGUUUGACUUACUUCAGUUAAGACCUACCAGUUCCUCUCCUCUGGCUUCUUCAUUGAUAGAAGCUGCAUCUUCAUGGCAAAAUAUUUUAGAGGGACAUGUGCAUUGUAAGACUUGAGCACUACCCUGAACUUCAUAGCACUUCUUGCUAAGCUCAGAAGCAGAGGCAAAUUAACAGGAAAUACACAUAUCAGGGUUUGGGGAUGAGAAGAAAUGAAAUCUUGUGAGUGCAAAGAACAAGACAGAGUUUUGAAUGUUACUGUUGCACAUGUAGAUGGUGCAAAUAAAAUUUGAAAAAAGUUCAUUGUUCUUGCCAUGACAUAUUGAGAUGUUCUAAGAUUUCUGCUUUUUAAGAAAUAGGGUUUUGCUGUAGCCUGUUCUCUUUGAUUGGGAUAGGGGGAGCAGUUUUGUUUCUUAACAAAAGGGAGGUGGGUCCAUCCAUCUUCCAGAACCCCUCACAAUGGGUAGGUACUAGUAAAAAGAAAAAUAAAACCUGACAAUGGAAAAGAAUAAUCUUAUUACAUAACUUUUCAAUGGAAACCAAUGUUAGCACACACAAGUUAAUUACUGCACCCAUUGUGUUUCAAUCAACUUACAGCACUAAAAAUUGAACUUUCAAACAAUCAGUCUUUGUUCUCAAUUUGUCAGAGACUUCAAGGUGGUGAACUUCUCUUACUAAAGGAAUGGUAGUUUAAGAUCUUAAAACAUAUCUCAAAUUGGACAACCAAAUAAGUAGAUGUUCAAAGCUAGAGGAUUUGUGGUGCCUGUCAGUAAUCAGACUGUGGAACAGGCACAGUGUUUCCAGUAACUCUCUAUAGAUGGAGCCAUCCUGUGACAUCAUCUGCAAACCAGAUUGUCUCUGAGCUCUCACUUCAUGGCUGCUGCCCUCUCAAUGCUGCAGGAGAUGAAGAUGUUGCAGAGCACAGUUUGUGUUCAGGGCUGAACUUAGAGUACUUUCCAAAAGGUACUUUGCACCCAGUUGCCACCAUGCUGAUGAAGCUCCUCCCUUAAUUUUUUACAGACUAUCCAGAAAGGGGGAAAGACACUGGAUGCACAUAUCUUGGUUUAGCCUAAAAAAAUCACUGUUGUCUAUUGGGACAGUUUUAAAGAGAGAGAAAAUUGAGACAUCUCAAAAGGCUGAGACACACUGUGAGCAAUAGAUUAUUUUUGCAGUUAGAGGGGCAGCAGGACAAGUGACUGAUGCUAAUUGUAUACAGUGCUGAAAUAUAGUGAUUGUGCAAUGGGAAAAACAGAUUUGGCAACUGUAGAUUAGUACUGAGUUCAGGGACAGACUUUCAAGUCCACCCUUGGACUGGACACUGUUGUUUUGUAGUCAUAACUACUUGCUCUAUGUGCUAAGGAUGUUGUCUACCAUCUGCUUUUUGCCCAGUAUGUCUAAAUAUAUUCUCAUUUUUGCUCCUGUAUUGAUUUUUCUUGGCUGACUUAACAUGCUAAUUCCUAAUACUGGUCAGGAAAAGCCAAGGAGAUUAAAAGGUCGCUUCUGUGCAGCCAGAAGGGUAGAUAUAUUUCCUUCUGCUUCUGUGGAGAGAGUUAUGUUUGGCAAAGAGCACUGAGCAAUUUGUCAGCAUAUCCCAAAUGUGAUAGAUAAGUGAGAAAUCCCUUCUAAACUUUUCUCUAAAGUUCAGAUGGGCCAAGUAAAAUGAUUUACUUAAUUUUCUCACGUCAGAAUAGGAUUCCUCACUACCCUCUUCCUCAGUUUUUAUUUCAUUCAGCCAGCUCUGGAAAGCUGGCAGUUGGGGAGAUGCUACCUGUGUGGUAAUCACACACACCCCAAUUUACUUUAAGAGGAUAAAAGACAAUAAUUAAAUAGCUGACAGCCAGAUAAAUACCAGUUUCAUUUGAUUCAUUUUUACAGUUAGUAAUAUUCCUUUAUCAGAAAAGCAAAAUUAUACUUAGUAAAGUAAAAACACCAUAACAGCUACCACAGUUUUCCAUCCCUAUCGUUUUGGCCUUUGAGCUCUGUGUAGGGGAACAGGAGAAAAGGAAACAUCUCAAAAUGCCAUUGUAAAUUUAGCUUAUAGAAAAUUCACCAGCAGGAAAAGGAAAAAAAAAAAGAAAAAAAAAUUACUUCAUAAAGAAUGACUUCAUGUUGCUAAAAACCAUCAUUAAACUUGUAGCCCUGAUUUGACUCUAGAAUGCUGGCUCUUAAUGUUUUGUCCUUACAACACAUGGAUGUGUUUUUGUUCUGUUUUGUUUCGGGUUUGUUUUGUUUUGUUUUUUGGUUUUCAUAGUGCAUGUUCAUUUCUACUCACAAACAUGUUCUUGGUGUAUUUCUUAUGCAAACAAUCUUCAGGCAGCAAAGAUGUCUGUUACAUCUAAACUUGAAUAAUAAAGUUUUACCACCAGUUAUAAAUCA